AUGUCACUUGGCGUCUCAGCUACGCCAGACUCAAAGGCACUUCGUCGUCGCCGUUUGAAUUUCAAUUCCGACUGUUUGACGUUCAUCCCGUCGUCUUCAAACUAUUCUUCACCACGUCGUGAGUCAUUAGUAUCUACUCCUACCCUUCGACCCACUGAUUUCAUGCAAAUGACUGUUGACUCAGUAACGAGUGAGUUGUACUAUAACCCCGAGAUGAAAGAGGUCUGUAUCGUUCAUAUAGUUGUGAUCAAUACCCCAGAGAAGCCACAUUUCCAGUUACAUAAACUCGACAACGAGUUCAUUGAUUUGGACAACUACGUGAAGUCGAUCUUUGAGAGUCCUCCCACCUUUCCAAGGAAGUCGUUGUAUCCAUUGCGAGAUGUAGAAAUCACUCAAUACCUCCAAGAGGUCAUUUGCUUGGACAGAUUCUUCGACGCGUUAUUCACUCGCGAAUUCUUUAAAGAAAAUCGGAAUGUUUUGAAGUGGAUGUCAUUACACCAUCCACAGCUUUCGGGAGUCUUAAUGAAAGAAGGGUAUCUACUGAGGAGAUGGAAAGAACGAUUUGUAGUCGUCAAGAACACGUUUCUGUUCUAUUUUGUGAACGAGAAAUCAAUGCUCAAGUUGGAGCAACCCCACAGUGUCGUCAACUUAAACGAAGCAACGCUCUCGACAUCACAAAAUAACUUCACGUUUAAAAUUACUACAAAAGAGAAAUUAACGUUCAACUUCAUGUGUAAAAAUGAGACGGAAUUAAACGAAUGGAUCGUCGCGUUGAACUCGGUGAUUUGUUUUAAGCCGUAUGCAGAAAGGUCGAAGCCACUGGCCAAAAGGAGUUUAAUGAUCGACUCGUGCAACUUACAGACGUCGAUGAAUAGAAAAUCGGUUGGCGACAAUUUGUCUCCCACAGGCACAGAACUGUUGUUGAACCAAUUGAACGGAUUGAAAGAAGACGCUGGGAAGUUGAUGCUGAAGCUUGGAGAAAAGGACGAGUUAUAUGGUGUGUUACAACAAAUUAAAAAGAUCCAAUUAGUCGACUUAAACUGUACGGGGAUAGUCGAUUAUUAUACAUCGAAGCUGAUACCAUUUCUUGAGAAUAAAGACAUCAUCAAGUUCUGGCAUUUCUUCAGAGACUUAAAGGAUACAAAUUGCGUGAAAGGAGUACCUAAAUUGAGUAUUUCGCCACUCUCUAGAUAUAGUACAACAUCAUCAAGUUCAACGCAGAACUCCCCGAGAGGGUCGGAAAAAGCCGCAUCACAACAAACGCAGUGUCGGCUUUGUAAUAACUUCUAUAAUGUCGAAGACUUGACAAAACACAAUGAACGAUGUGUGUUACAAGACGUUUUCGUUUAU